CAAACUUACCGAAAGAAAAUCACGCGAAACUAUAAGAACCCAAGUACCCAACGUCGGUCGGUGACUCGGUGAACUUGGCAUCUUCCUUUACUUCCCAUUCCUCCUUUUUUGAAACUCUGCAAAAAAUUCCAUAGCCCUAAAGCACCAAACAAUACAAUUCAAAUCGAAGACAUGUAUAAUUCCCAUGAUCCCAGAUAUACUGAUGCCUCCUCGUACCGUAACCGUCGCAGGUAAUCUGUCUACCUUUGUCUCCUUCGAAAUCCGUACUAGGAAUACAGUGAUCUGUUUGGGGCACAAGCUCCAGUUCAAUCAGCUCCCGGUUAUGGUCCAGGAGGGAGGCCUACCGUUGCUCCACCACCAGUAAUUGGUGGCCGUGGUUUUGAUGGGUAUCCUGGUUUCGGUGGAGGUGGAGGAAGAGGGUUUUCGGGUGGUUUUGGGGAUAGAAGGGAUGAUAUCCGAGGGCGUGGAGGGUAUGAAUCUGGACGUGGUGGUGGGAGGGGUGGUUUUGAUGCUGGGAGGGGUGGUUUUCGUGGUGGACGUGGCGGGGUAAGGGGAGGUUUUGAUGGUGGGCGGGGUGGUGGUAGGGGUGGAAGGGAUGGUUUUGGAGGCGGUGGUGGUAGUAGGCAUAGCAGGCCUAGAGAUGAUCUAGACAGUCUGUCUCUUCCAAAGCCAGAAUUUGGAGAUUUGGUCCCUUUUGAGAAGAAUUUUUAUGUCGAAUGUCCGGCAGUCAGGGCAAUGACUGAGCAUGAGGUAACACUUUAUCGCUCUCAACGGGAGAUCACCGUUCAAGGCCAUGAUGUUCCAAAGCCAAUCAGAAUGUUCCAUGAAGCAAAUUUUCCAGACUAUUGCCUUGAGGUCAUUUCUCGAUUAGGCUUUGUUGAACCCACCCCUAUCCAGGCUCAAGGAUGGCCUAUGGCCUUGAAAGGUAGAGACUUGAUAGGCAUUGCUGAGACUGGUUCUGGGAAAACUCUCGCUUAUAUGUUGCCCGCCCUUGUACAUGUUACUGCACAGCCACGACUGGCUUAUGGAGAUGGUCCCAUUGUGUUAGUUCUUGCUCCUACUAGAGAAUUGGCUGUUCAGAUCCAAGAAGAAGCCCUGAAAUUUGGAUCCCAUAUAAGAAGUACAUGUAUUUAUGGCGGCGCUCCAAAAGGGCCACAAAUUCGUGAUCUUAAAAGGGGAGUUGAAAUUGUCAUUGCUACUCCCGGAAGAUUGAUAGAUAUGUUGGAAGCUCAACAUACAAAUUUGAAAAGAGUAACUUACCUUGUGCUGGAUGAAGCUGAUAGAAUGCUAGAUAUGGGAUUUGAGCCUCAGAUUAGGAAAAUAGUUUCACAGAUUCGACCUGAUCGACAAACUUUAUAUUGGAGUGCGACAUGGCCAAGGGAGGUAGAAGCCUUAGCAAGACAGUUUUUGUGCAAUCCUUAUAAGGUCAUCAUUGGUUCCCAAGAUUUGAAAGCAAACCAAUCUAUACAACAGGUUGUUGAAAUCUUGACUGAUGUGGAGAAGUACAACAGACUGAUCAAAUUGCUGAGAGAUCUGAUGGAUGGAAAUCGUAUUCUCAUAUUCGUGGAAACAAAGAAAGGCUGCGAUCAGGUGACUAGGCAGUUAAGAAUGGACGGAUGGCCAGCUUUGUCUAUCCAUGGAGAUAAAAGUCAGGAUGAAAGGGACUGGGUCCUGGCUGAGUUUAAAAGUGGGAGAAGUCCUAUAAUGACUGCCACUGAUGUUGCUGCCCGUGGUCUUGAUGUGAAGGACAUAAAAUGUGUGAUCAAUUAUGAUUUUCCAUCGAGUCUUGAAGAUUAUGUUCAUAGAAUUGGCAGAACUGGCCGAGCAGGAGCCAGGGGAACUGCUUUCACUUUCUUUACUCAUGCAAAUUGCAAGUAUGCUAGAGAUCUCAUCAAGAUAUUACAGGGUGCAAGCCAAAUUGUACCUCCUCAGUUAUCGGCAAUGGCUCGAUCUGCUGGUUUCAACGCUUCAGGAAGCAACUUCCGCAGCAGAGGUCGUGGAGGUUUUGGCAACCGAAGUCAGAUAUCUGGAUCAAACACUGUCCCUAUUGGUGGUAGGAGACCUUGGUAGUUUUAUGCAUUGAUUUGAAGCCAGAGGUUGCUUCUUUUCUCAAGCUAAGCGUAGCAGUGUUUAGUAGACUAACAUGGCAUAAUAGGCAAGUUUCAUCAUUUGGUGCAUUCCUGCUAUGUCCAAGACUACGUCUUUCAACCCCACACCCACAAACACCCCCCCCCCCCCCCCCCCCCCCCCCCUCACAACCCCACCCACCCACCCACAAGCCUUUGCUAUUUUUAUAGAAUAUAAUUAUGCUUGUAACAUUUGUACAUUUGGAUUAUUUGUAGUAACAUCAGAUGUAAUUUCCAACCUUAAGUUUUGGAUGUUUGUUAGUAAGUGAUUGAGUUACGUUUUGAAGGAUUAUAAGGUUGAUAACUAGACCUAAGAUGCGUAUCGAUCUAAGACUAUGGGAAGAAGAUAAUCGAGCAGAAGCCAACAAGGAGCUAAAUAUUGUACUUUCUGUUCCACAGUAAAAGAUUUUUUUAUUUUCUAUUUUCUUAGAUGGAGCGAGCAUGAUUCAAUAAAAGAAAAAUUUUCUUGAG